AUGGAGUUUCUGGGAACCACGCAGGUAGCCAGUUACUGUGGCACACAGAGGAAAUGCCUGUUCCCGGACCUAGCUCCCACCAGCACUACCCAGGACACCUAUCAGCCCUACUACCGACCGGGCUACCGUUACCUCAGCUCCUGGAAGCCCAGCCCCAUCUACAGGGCGGUGUCAGUCCCUCCCGGCCCUGAGAGGCAGUGUGUUCCCGCCGGGCGGCCGCCCACGCUCCUGCCCGCCCUGCGGCCUAGCCUGCAUGCCCGCUACAGCACUCGUGACUGGCACCAGGCUAACAUGGGGCAGUUAAGAGGCUCUGAAGCCUCCAGGUCCAGUGCUGGUAGAAUGAACACUGACUCAAUGCGACUGCUGCAAGACAAGGAUCAACUGACUUAUCAGAUGCAAGAAGACAGCAGAAGAAACCUGGGAGAGAGGAUGUCCAAUAUUGACUUCUGGAGAGCUGAGCUCAUCUAUGAGCUAGAGUGUCUGCUGAAAGAGACUCAGGCCUUGGAAACGACAAAGAAGCGGCUUGAAUGUGCUGUAGAUGAAAUGCAAGGGCCACUGAAGGUAGCCCUAGAAUGCUUGUACAACCGUGAGAAGCGUCAAGGUAUAGACUUAGUUCAUGACGAUGUGGAAAAGAACCUCAUAAAGGAGGUUGAUGGAUUCAAGGACUAUCAAGAAAUAUUGACAAAACUUGCACAAAAAAUCACUGAACAGCUGGGCACCAACAGAGAUGCACAGCAUGCCCUGGAACGGGAUCUUUCUGACAAGAACUCAGCCCAUUUUAUUGAUGAGAAAUGCUAUAACCUGAGGAACACAUCAGACAGCAUCAGCUUUUACUAUGGAGUGGAAAAAGCAAACGGGACUGUUUCAGUUCCUGCAACAUGGGCUAAGUUCAGUGAAGACAACAUCAGGUGCUCUCAGCAUGCAAGGGCCAACUCCGUUAAGCUGCGGGAGGAUGCAGAGGUUGGACUGGAGAGCACAUCUGAGGAGAUGUGGAAUCAUUUCAUCAGCACCAACCUGGCCUUCAACAACCGCAUCGCUGAAGUAGCAGAUGCAAAGAACAAACUCCAGGCACAGCUGGCUAAGGUACUUCAGGAAAUCUUCCAGACACAAGAUACAAUCAUGUUACUGGAGAGAUCCAUAAAGGCAAAGGAGUACCCACUGAAAGUGGCUCAGACCCGCCUGGAGGCGAGAACCAAACGACCCAACAUAGAACUCUGCCGUGAUCCACCUCAGUUCCAGCUUGUGACUGAAGCUUACACUUUGGGCAACACCUUACAGACUUUAAAGCAACGCCUGCAAGAAGCCCAGGAUACUCUGCAGAUGCUGAUGCUCAACAAAUCAAAUCUGGAACAUGACAUUUCUGUGAAGGCAAACUCCUUCUCCAUUGACAAGAAGUGCAUGGACAUGCGCAGAGUCUUCCCCAGCACCCCACGGCUCAUUGGAUACACUUGA